AUGUUAUAUAACACAUCGCCAUCUGUUGAUAAGCACGUGGAAACGAGAGAAGGGAAUCUGCAGCGCGGUCACCUUGCGCGGGUGCCGAUUUGCAAAUAUCGAUCAGUCACUUCCCGUCUGCGGAGUUGUCAGUGUGUGCUGUGAUAGCUUUAAUUUAUUCUCACAAAACACCAAUCAAAAAUGGGCGUACCAGCCGGUGACGUAGAAAAGGGAAAAAAGAUCUUCGUGCAAAGAUGCGCGCAGUGUCACACCGUCGAAGCUGGCGGCAAACACAAGACCGGUCCCAACCUCCACGGAUUGUUCGGUAGGAAAACCGGACAAGCCGCCGGUUUCGCUUACACCGACGCCAACAAAGCUAAAGGUAUUACAUGGAACGAAGAUACUUUGUUCGAGUACUUGGAAAACCCCAAGAAAUACAUCCCCGGUACCAAGAUGGUGUUCGCCGGUCUGAAAAAGCCCAACGAACGUGGCGAUCUGAUCGCUUACCUCAAAGCCUCCACCAAGUGAAGGACUUAAAUAAUACAAUUACAAUUACAACUACCCAACAUGAAUUUAAAAAAUUAUGAUACUGGACUCUUUGAUUAAUUUAUUAUUUCCGUAUUUAGUGUGACACUAUGUUAUUGUAGAUAGAUUUCGAAAUUAUCUAUGAUUUUACUGUGUGGGUAUCAUAGUUUUUUAAUUUGUGCUGCGGUUUUGUGUCAGUAGUAUUUUCAUUGUAUGAGACGGUUUGAUCACUUGUCUGCGAUGUGAACACUUGUACAAACUAGCCAAUUUAUAAAAAAUUUGUUUUUCCUUUUGAAAACAAUUUACGGAACGCUGUACAGUAUGCAUUAGAUAAUUUUAUUUCUAUGUGUUUCUUUUACGUUGUUACCUCCACAAUAUUUAAAUAAAUUAUUUAUAAAUAAA